AUGGUUAUUGAGAUGGCUUGCUUAGCACUCUAUGAGUGCCAGGGCGUCGAGGAUAAGCGGUUUAUUAACGCGGAUGCACCAUACAGCGACGUGCGAGAGCCAAUGCGUCCAACCGGUGUUUCUAUCCUCUCGGGCGAGUCUGCUGCAAAUUAUUGGACCCGGAGGGGUGAAAGGCUUGGUUGGCUCUGGGACGAUACUGAACCGUCGAUCAAGUUGUCACAACCGAACCUCGGCCGUAGGAAAUCCCAAGAGUAG